AUGGCGGAGAAGCGAAAGCUCCUUGCCGAGAUUGAUAAAUGCUUCAAAAAGAUUGACGAAGGUGUAGAGCUGUUUGAGGAGACAAUGGUUAAGAUGCAUGAAGCAAACAGUGAUAAUCAACGGGAGAAAUAUCAGGAUGACUUGAAAAAGGAGAUUAAAAAAUUGCAACGGUUAAGGGACCAAGUUAAAGGGUGGCAAAACUGCUCGGAGAUCAAGGACAAAGACAAAUUGACCCAUUACCGUAAGGUCAUCGAACAACGAAUGGAACAGUUUAAGGACAUUGAACGAGAGAACAAAACAAAACCCCAUAGCAAGCAGGGCUUGAGCGCAGAGGAGAAGUUGGAUCCAAGAGAAAAGGAAAAGGUCGAUACAAUCGAAUGGUUGCAGAGUCAAAUUCGAGAACUUAGUGACGAGGCAGAUCGUACGGAAUCGCAGAUUGAAUCCCUGUCCACUUUGGACGCUGGAAAACGGCGAGGGAAAAAGGAGGACGGAAAGAAGGGAGAGAAAGAGAAGCGCAUGGAGGAGUUGAAACGACAUCUUGAUCGAAUGAAGUUCCAUAUUGGGAAGCUUGAGGUUUGUAUGCGGAUGGUGAACAAUGAGUCUCUGGAGUCUAAGCGCGUGAUGGAAGUACUGAAAGAUCCGUUGGAAAUGUAUAUCGAGGCGCUCGACCCGGAUUACGAAGGGGAUGCAGACGAAUUAGACAAUCUUGAUCCAGAAGAUGCCUAUGAAGAGUUAGAUUUGGGUGCGCUGAGCGCCCAAAUUGGAGGCAUUCAGAUCGGCCCGCUCGAUGAAGAGAAGGAGAAUGGUGCUGGAGGUUCACGGCAUGGUAGUCAAGAUACACCAGCAAGUCCUGCCCCACGUAGGACAGUAGCCGCCGCUUCUGUUCCAGUUACUCCCGCAAAGUUAGCAAAGUUAGUCUUACGCUCUACUCCGCCUCCACCACCUCCUGGCAUUCCGUAUAAUAGUGUAGCCGCAGGACGCAUAGCUGCUUCAUCUUCGGCCACAAACGCUAGUAUUUCAACAACUUCACCAAUUGCCAACGCCAAUGUGGUCAACGCAAAGACGACAGUCAUCGGUGGUGCCAUGUCAUCGGUCGAGACUACGCUGAGUACACAGGAUGAUUCACUCGUACCGACUGCUUCUCAUUCCACAACCGCGAAUGGCACAUCGUCAGAGGUGCUGCUCGUGAGAAAUCGUAGUAAUAGUCGUGUAUUCCAGGCACACAUUCCUGCUUGGCUAGGUGCAUCUCCAUUGGGUCGUAUUCCGACAACUAACGAAAUGGAUAUGCAAUUAGCUGCAUUGGAAGCAUCUCUUGCACGCACUCCUCUGCCUAUGGAUAGUGAACGGCCUCGAACUUACUUGCCGAAAAUACCAUGUCCAUGCGCGUCCUAUUAUCCACAGGUUUCUGCACAAAACGUCGACACCCUCGAGUACUACCUGAGGCUGAGUCCAGAAACUCUCUUCUUCAUCUUCUAUUACAUGGAGGGGACGAGAGCACAGUUGUUAGCCGCGAAGGCGCUGAAAAAGUUGUCAUGGCGCUUUCAUACAAAGUAUCUCACGUGGUUUCAACGGCAUGAGGAACCGAAGCAAAUCACGGACGAUUUCGAACAGGGAACCUAUGUGUAUUUUGAUUACGAAAAAUGGUCACAACGAAAAAAGGAGUCAUUCACGUUCGAAUAUCGGUACCUUGAAGACAAGGAUUUCGAGUGA